GAAACCUGUUGCUGGGCUGUGGCAACACUUAUCUUUGAAGGGACACACAGAAUUCUCUAAACAAUAUUGUUAGAAGUAGGAGAGAAAAUGUCCCAAGAACUUAAUCUCAACUUACUUAAAGGCCUGGAGCAAAAGAUUAUUUUAGAAGUCCUGCAUCGUGAUGAAACAUUGAGAGGGAUAGAUGAAGAAAGAAUAAGGAACCUGAAACUACAGCUGCAGCAGCUUCGCUGGAGGGGGGCAAAGAGCACAAGCGAUGAAAACCAUGUGAAGUCAUGUGCCCGUUGCCAGAAGUCUCUUGGAAGACUGAUCAACAGAGGUGCUGUAUGCAAUGGGUGCAGCCAGCAAGUUUGUUCCGGAUGUCGCAUAAUUCUGAAUCCCUCCUUAUGGAUGUGCACCAUCUGCUAUGCUUAUGAAGAUAUGAAAGUGAAAACAGGAGAGUGGUUCUUUGAUAUCCGAGCAAAGAAAUUCCCCACUGAAGGCAGAUGUGCAACUGCUAGUGCAAAGCUCUUAAAAUGUUUUCAAGAACUAAGCAAUAUAUCAGUGGUUCCUCCAACUCCCCCUCCAUUUGCAGAGUCCACAACUGGAGUUAACACUGUGGAACUUGACCAGAAUAAAAGUUUCCAUAGAUCUAUGGAAAACCUGUUUCUGUCUUUAACUUCACAUAUCAGAAAAAUGUCAAAGUCCCAAAAUGAUAUGACAGCUGAGAAGAAUUUUCUAACAACAACUUUUGGCCAGCAAAUAGAUUCAAUAAGAGAAAGGAGAAGCCACUCUGACCCUGCUGUUGACAUUGCAUCCAAAGGAUUAAAUGGUGCCCCGAGUCUCCUUCAUCUCCUAACUGGAGACGAGGACAGCAAUGGAAGUGAUUCCAAAAAGACUUCUAGCGAAGAGUGCAUUCUAUCCAGUUCCACAAGUGAGGCCGUAUUUUCUGCAGGUGUAAGAAGUAAUAGUUUAUACAGCAUUAAUAGCACAUGCACAGAGGUUGGCAACUUCGAGAGAGCAGAUGUCAGUGGUGAAAUAGAAUUUGCCAUUGCAUAUAUCUUCAGAACUGGGACUUUAGAAGUGUUCAUCAGUGCCUGCAAGAACCUGGCUUAUGGAGAGGAGACCAAGAAAAAAUGUAACCCGUACAUCAAGACUUGUUUGUUGCCUGAUAAGUCUCCACAGAGUAAACGGAAGACCUCUGUUAAAAAGAACACACAGGAUCCAUUGUUCCGAGAAUCAUUUAAGUAUAAGGUUGAAUACUCCCAGCUGCAAACUCGACAGCUUCAGGUGUCUGUGUGGCACUCGGGAACAUUCAGACGCCGAGUAUUCCUUGGAGAAGUGGUGAUCUCAUUUGAAUCUUGGGAUUUUGAAGACAAUUCAACUCGAUCAUUUAACUGGUAUCAACUCCAAACCAAGCCUGAAAAAUCUGAAGAGAAUGUGGCUCUAUACAGUGGAGAACUCCAAGUCCGUGCAAAGUUGGUUUUACCUUCAGUAGGGAGAAAAGAAAAGGCCCAUCCUGAAUACCAACUUCACGUUAUAAUACUUGGAGCCAACAACCUGCCCAAGAUAAGACCGGAUGGCCUAUUAAACCCAUUUGUUAAAAGCUGUCUGUGCCUCCAGGGACAAAAGGACAUAAGGCAAAAGACUCCUGUACUGAAGAAGCAAACUCAUCCCCAGUGGAACCACCUGUUUGUAUUUAAUGGGGUCACCACAUCUCAGCUGCAGCAGUCUUCCCUAGACCUAACUGUAUGGGAUCAAGUAUCAUUUGCCUUGCAUGAUCAGUUCUUGGGUGGAGCUCGGCUUGGAAAAUAUACACCAACCAGCACUGUGGGUGCAACAUCCCAAGCAUGUCUUCAGUGGGAAAAAAUGCUGAGCAGCCCAGACACAUGGACAGACAUCACCCUUACACUGUACCCUAAUGCUACUGCAUUUAAAGUCUGAAGAGUCCUGUACAGAAUAUCUCUUGAUUUAAGAGCAGAUGGAAAACUAAUCAUGGCAUUGCUUAUUUGGCUGCUUAGGCAGGUAGGAAAGCCAGCUAUUUUAAUCCUGAAAAAUAAAAGCCUCAAAGGAAAAAAUGUAGGCCCUUAAAAUCUCUUUCGUUAGGCACGUUGGAUGAAAAAGUGGCAAACUAUGAAUCUAUUUUUAAAUGCCAGAAAUAUUUAAUUGCAAAUUUUGUAUGGAUCACCAGUGUGUUAGAGGAACUGGCUGGCUAUCUUAGGACGUUCAGGCACCAAAAGCUUCCAGCCAUAAAUAAGAUAGCAGUAAGAUAUUACACUGACAAUUCAAUUGUGUUGGUUUUAAUUACAAGUAGUAGCAAUCUGUCCUACUUGAAAACAAAGUUGAUAUCAAAACCUCACAACCUCUACGGAUCCUCCCAUAGAUGUGGGUGAAACAUCAGGAAAGAAUGCCUCUGAAACAUGGCCAUACAGCCUGGAAAUCUCAAAGCAACCAAAAGUUGAUAUUGUGUCUACGGCUGCAUUGCUUUCUAUAGACUUUGAAGACUAGGCCUAAGAGCAACAGAUUAAACAAUGUAAGAGAACUGUCUCAAACACCUUUAAGUAUGUAACAUUUGAUUUGGAUGCCAGAUUAAAUAGCAUCAAGAUCUUUUUGGUGUAAGUACAAAGGUAUGGCUGGAGGUUGCAGCUGUAUUUGUAGGUCUCAGGCCAUGCAGGAGGUAUCAAAUAACUCCUUGUGCAAGGCUCCUAGCAACUCUGUGUGUAUGUGAUGCAGGGACAACUCCCAUCUCCCUGGUUACUGACCGAUUAUGGGGAGGCACCUGGGAGAAAGGAAAAAUACAUCAGUGGAGAUCUGAGUAAUUAUACUGAUACAUGUUCUGAGCAUGUUGAUAGAAAGAGUCAUGAAAGAUAAGUGUCACAUAUAUAGAAGACAACACCUUCUGAAUAAGAGUCAAUAUGGUUUCUGGAUAGUUAAAUCUUGUCUCACUGAGCUUUUAGUGUAUUUCUGAAAAUGUCAAUAGUAUUUGGAUUGGAAAGAGGCAGCAGACAUUCUUUAGAUUACCAAAAGUCUUCUGGCAAACUUCCUCACCAAAGACUCCAGAGCAAACUUUAACCAUCUUGAGAUAACAAACAAUGUCUUCUAAUGACAUGGGAAACAGAGAACAGAAAGAAAAGGGCAUACGCUUUUUUUGGACAUCAUCCUCUCCUGCUGUUCCAUAAUUAUGGAAGACACUUAAUCAUGCCAAUGGGGGGAGAUAGAUAUAGAUAUAUCUCCUCUGUCAUCAUGGACCAUAAACCUCUGGAACCAAAUGCUGGAAAUCAUGAAUAGUAAAGUGCUGUUUAAUAUAUCUUUUGAUUAUGAGCU